GUAAUAAAGGAGAAAGCCUCGUCAGCGUGCUGUUUAUCAUCACUAGGAAACUAUGAGGGCGUAAACUAUUGAAACUUCUGUGAUCCCUAAAGAAAAUGGCUCGAUUUCUGUACUUGUUUGUGGGUAAAACGUUGAAACAAAAACUUCGUCAUUCCGUGCGCAACCUAGUGAACACGCUCUUUCCGGUAGCGUUCCUCCUGGCCGUGGUCCUACUAGGAAAGCGGUUGACCUCAGUGGACGAAAGCAGGGAAAUCAAUCUAAAUCAGGGCGAACUGGUGGACUAUUUUCCAGGAGAACCUUUAAAUAAAAUUUACUACACACCAAACACAACAUUAAUCGAGGAACUCAUCGAAGAAGUGCGUCGCACGCUGUCUGUUAUCGACGAACGAGUUGAAUCAUUCAGCAGCGAUAGCGAUCUAGAACGCGCCCUACUGAACAAUGAGAACCUCUGCUUCGGUAUCAGCUUUCACAAUGCGUCCCUGGAAGGUCGCUUGCGGUACACGAUUCGUACGAAAAAUAACAAUUUUCGCACUGAUGUCAUCUAUUCGCGGGAUGUUUUCGGUAGUUACUCGAAGCGAGACAACGAAUACAUCGAAAGCGGCUUUCUGGCGCUUCAAAAUGCAAUCGAUCGUGCAUUCAUAGCACGCGUCACGUUAACCGGAAAUGCUGAACGUGACAAGGUAUCGUUACAGUACGGUCACGUUCCUCUGCUGACGGGCCAGGGGCCACAGGAAGCGUCACGGGUAACAGUAGGACUUGGAUUGCUGUCGGUGUGCUUCACUGUUUGCAGCACCUAUCUUCUCUUGCUACCGCUUGUUGAAGAGCGGGCAUGUGGAAUGAACGAGCAUCUGAAGCUGGCAUGCCUGGAGAGCUAUUGGAAUGAGCUGGCCAUCUUUUUAGUGAAUUUCCUACACUUUUUUGCCAUCAUGGCCAUAUGCAUUGCGAUAGGCGCUUUCGGUGGCAUCUGGGAUACCAAUCCGGCUCAGAUAAUCUACUUGAUUAUCUUGACGAUCGUGUUUCUGAUUAAUCUCAUAACGUUUACCUUCCUGAUGAGCGCCACUCUAGAAUCGGCCACUAUCGCAUCCGCAAUAUCGCCAGUCUGCUACUUUGCCCCCGUUCUGCUCAGCUUAAUUCGUGCCGAGCUGGCACCAUUUUUCGUUAUCUUUCCCGUAAACGGACUGCUGUACGGGGCCUCCAUUUUUCACAACUUUAAAUCAUCCGGCCACAGGUUUGAGGCUGGUGACCUGUUCACAAGUGGUUACCCGGGCAUGGAGGUACUCAGUUUCUUCAAUCUGCUGAACUGCAUGAUAAUAGGUUGCAUUCUGUGGUGUUUUUUGUGGUUCUACGUAACGAACGUCUUCCCCGGUCGUUACGGUACACCAAAAUCGAAAUCUUUUUUCCUUUCCCGAAAGUACUGGAGCCGAUUACGGGCUACGGUUUGUGGUGCGAAUUCCAACAGGGUCAGCAUUACUAGCUGGCAAAACCCGACGGACGCAAGAACGGGAGAGGGUGCAUUGGAAGAGAUAAGCUUGCGUCAGCAAGCGGGUGCACCUACUGCUACGGGUCUGGGUCCGACGGAGGAGCGAGCUGGUGCACACCUGGAAAAGCUGGUCAGCAUAUCAAACCUCAACAAAGUCUACAAAAGUCGUUCAUCCGGUGCGGGCGCUAAGGUGGCGGUGAAAGAUUUUUCGUUGUCUAUUUAUGGCCACAGCAUAACGGUACUGUUGGGACACAACGGAGCGGGCAAAACGACGGCCAUGAACAUCAUCACCGGUAUGGUGGCCCGAACGUCAGGCACGAUUAUCGUGGACGGUGAAUAUGAUUCCGAUCGCUACCGGCAGCAGAUAGGAUUCUGCCCGCAGCACAACGUGUCCUUUCCGUAUCUGAACUGUCGUGAGCAUUUAGAAUUCUUCGGUCGUUUGCGAGGAAUGGAAGUGACCGAGGCUCGACAGGAAGCGGAACGCAUACUGGAAAAGGUUAAUUUGCUAGAAAAAGCAGAUUGCAAGGUACCUGCCCUUUCUGGUGGCAUGAAACGUCGCCUCAAUCUGGCUAAUGCCAUCAUUGGCCGAACUAAGCUACUCAUACUGGAUGAGCCAACCUCCGGGUUAGAUCCGGAGUCAAGGCGCGACAUCUGGGAUGUGUUGCUACGGUUACGACAGGACCACACCAUUCUGCUUACGACACACUUCAUGGAGGAGGCUGACAUGCUGGGCGAUUGGAUUGCAAUCAUGGAGUACGGUGAGCUGGUGGCGUUCGGUUCACCAAUGUUUCUCAAACAGCAGUACGGUAAGGGUUACACAUUGAAGCUUUUGAAGCGCGCUACCGGUCUGGAUUGGCAAGCAACGCUCGCAUUGAUACGACAAUACGUCCCGGAUGCAAUCGAGCGCAGUGCGGUACAGCAAGUCUGUGCCGUAACCCUGCCGUACGGGGCCAUCGAUAAGUAUGCCGAUUUGCUGCAGGAGCUGGAAUUGCAAAAGGAACGAUUAGGCAUUGAAGCGAUCAGUAUUAAUAAUGCCACCUUGGAGGAGGUUUUCUUGAAUUCGAGCAAUCAAAAUAAGGCAUUUCAACAUCACCCGGAAAGUUUUGAUUAUGUCGAUGGCGAUGCUUCCGGCAGCACGCAUAGCUCCAACAAUGCCGAUCCGAUGGCGAAUAGCACAAGCAAGCGAAGCGAAAUGACUAUUAGAUGGAACGUGUUUUGGGACUGCUUCCUUGCGAUUUGGGUGAAGAAAUUGAUUCACAUAAAGCGCAAUGUGCAUGUUUACGGUUGUCUCAUAGCAUUACCGUUGAUUGUAACGUUCUGUUGUUUUGCGCUCGGUUCAGCCAAUGAAGAUACUGCAAGCACACUUCCUGCGGUUGAUUUACACGCAGGACCAAUACAAAAUGCGCUUGGAUUCAUUGUCAUUAACCGGGGAGCUGGAAAUGAGAUAGCAGCAAACCAGCAAUCACAGCUGAACAAGGAUGUAAUUGAAUCGAAUGUGAACGGAAUGCUAGCCGGCGGAAUCGAGCUAAUCGUUUUGGAGAACGUUUCACUAAUCGAGCGGCUUCGAGAGGAAAGCGAUCGGGAUUAUACAGCGUACCGUGACCGCGUGGUGGUUGGUAUCGAGUUUAAUCUUACGGAUACCACGGAUAUAACGGUGCUGCACAACAAUAAUCUUGUGCACAGCUCGGGCAUCGCGCAAUCGCUUGCGACUUCGUUGCUUCUGCGGUACUACUAUGGACUGGCUGAUGCUUCAGUCGAAGUACAGAACAUCCCGGCUACACGCAAACAGUUGAUCGAUCUUCGAACGCCCCUCUUCUUCACGGAAUUCAUAUCGAUCGCCUUCAUGUUUUAUAUGUUGCAAUUCCUGCAAGUUCCACUGCUGGAGCGAUUGAGCGGAUUCCGGCAAUUGCAAAACAUCAAACGGCAUUACUGGAUCGCCACGUUAGCGUUUGACUUCACGCUGCACAUCGUAGUGUGUCUGAUGGUAGUGAUUCUAGCUGUUCUACUGGAUAAGGAGCGUGUGUUUUCGGCUGAGUCCUAUCGGCUCAUCUUUUCGGUGCUUCUACUGUAUGGUCUGUUCGCCCUAGUGGUUGUAUACAUCGUGAGCCAGACCGUCGAGAGUGCAAACACCGCCAUGACUGUCAUGAGCUACUUAAUGAUCAUAGCCGUUGGCGGAGUGUUUCUACUAUCCGAUGGCUACGACAAUAUAAAGCAAAACAACAUUCCGAUCUAUGCUCUGCAUGUGGUGCCAGAAUUUGGAUUGAAACACUCGAUGCGGGUUAUAUACGAGAAUCAAAAAUUAACCGCCUAUGAAAGCGUAUCCAACAAACGAACCGAUGAGCAGAACCACAAAGAAGCUAUUUAUCCGAUCGCAUUUUACAUUGUCAGUCCGAUUGUUGCAAUCGUACUGGCAAUCGUGUUGGAUGUGAUCGUAGAAAACAAGAUCAAUCGUGAACGAUUAAAUGACAACAUUGUUAAAAUAGGUACGCUCAAAAGACGUAUCACAUUCCGCAAGCCUGCAGCAGGUGUGAGUAGUGAUAGCCCAUCAGUCAUGGAGGCCGGUAAUGGAGGGCUUGGGAGAGAUGUAACCGACAGCUCACCGACGGUUUACGAUGAUGUUGAUCAGGAAGCGGACACAGUGAAUCAGUUGUAUGUGCAGGACGGUAGCAGCGAUAAGGAAGACCAGUAUGCGCUGGUGGUGAAAAAUGUGAGAAAAAAUUACGGAAUGCAUGGUGCCGUGAACGGUAUUAGCUUUGCCGUGAAAAAGGGAGAGUGUUUUGGAUUGCUUGGCAUGAACGGGGCCGGUAAGACGACCAUGUUUCAAAUGGUUUCCGGAAAUUUGCCACUCUCGCAGGGCGAAAUCUAUAUGCAGGGCAAGAAGCUGGAUCUCAACAACGAGGAAACAUAUCGCGAAAAGUAUGGCUACUGUCCGCAGCUGGACGCGUUACUCGAUUUCAUGACCGUGUAUCAGGUUAUCGAUUACUUUGCGCGCCUGAAAAGCAUUCCAAACCGUGAGGAAGUGAUUCGUCGCUGGCUGACGGAACUAGACAUCCUAGCGUACACAGACCAUGAACUGCGCGAAUGUUCAGGGGGCACGAAGCGAAAAGUCAAUACCAUACUGGCUCUUAUCGGUAACCCCUCGGUGGUACUGCUGGAUGAACCUACCACCGGUGUCGAUCCCAAGUCACGCCACUUUCUGUGGAACUCCAUCAAAACGAUACAGCGACAUAAUCAAACAGUUUUGCUCACGUCACACAGCAUGGACGAGUGUGAGGAGUUAUGCGAUCGAUUGUCGAUCAUGGUUCGAGGGAGGCUCCGGUGUAUCGGAUUCAUACCGCAGCUUAAGCAACGACACGGUCAGGGUUUCAAUUUGCUUUUUAAACUACAAGACACUUUUGCUGCGGCAGACAACAGCCGCGAGGAGUGUGUUCAACUCAUAGCACUCAUCAAGGAUCGCUUCAAUGCUACGCUACAAGAGGAACAUAAGGGUAUGCUAAAGUUCCUCGUCAAUCCAACGCUUAAACUAUCGGAGCUGUUUGCUCAGGCAGAAGCCUUAAAGAACGAGCGCAGCAACCAGAUUGCCAGCUAUUCUAUCAACGAAUCCUCACUCGAAGAUAUUUUCCUUCGUUUCCAAAAGAAACAUCGUAGGUUAGAGUCCGCUUUCUAAUAAUUAUAGGAUAUGAACGUGAAACAACGAUGCCUACGUAAUCAACCUUAGCAUAGAUACAAAGAAAUUGUGGAACCAAAGAUGCUAUAUGAUAAGGCAAAACAUCAUUUUCUCUUAUUGUUUUGAUACUUGUGGUUUGAAACAUGGUUUGAAAGGAUUUAAUUGCAGAAUGUAAUUUAAUUCACGUAUUGUAGCAGCACUUAUGGGAUGUGACGGAGUCGGUAUCACUUUAUAUAAAAAGCCUUAUCGAUAAAACGGCAUCUCUGAUGAAUCAUUCCAGACCCAUCAGGAGGAAUACUCACCCUUUCAUCUGUAAAAUUUUCAUUAACAAGUAUUUAUAAUAUCCUCAGUCACAAAAGUAAGAGGAUGAUUUUGUGUUGUGUGUGCUUUUGCACUGAAUAAAAUUUUUCAUCAAAGA